GGCCAAUUGGAGCUGUUUUCAAAUCGAUCGCACCAUUACGUAGGUGUGCGAUUCCCCCCGCCCACCGAAUUGAUUGACAGCUGCGCGUAUUAACAUAUCCUGCGUUUGCCGUUUCCGCCAUUAUCAGCGUGAACGUCGAAGCGAUGCCACCGAGAGAACACCCUUGUGCUAUUUUAGGAUGUAAGGCUCAGCACAAGAGCCUUCACCGUCUUCCUGCAAAUGAGCAACAGAGGCUUAAGUGGCUGAGUUUUAUCUUUGAAGACAAGGUGCCUGAAAAUGUACCAAAACUGUUGUAUGUUUGCGCUAACCACUUUAGCGUAGACUGCCUCGAGAACGUGGGACAAUACAACUCCGGAUUCGCGAGUAAAUUGUUUUUGAAAACUGGAUCAGUUCCUACAAUACGUGAUCCUGUCUCACUUCAAGCCACGACGUCGACAAAGAGCAACAAGGUGGAUGUUUGUUGCCAGACAGAACCAUUUCACACAUCUUUACACAGUGUUGGUACCCAGUUGUCUUUUAGGACGCUUCAGGCUAAACGCAGGAGUACAAGUGUCCAGACAACAGUAUCCAGUUUUGAACUGACUGUACCAUCAGCAUCCUCUACUGCGUUUAUGACUUCGACACCCCUCAAACCUUCACUAAAAAGACCUCGUCUGGAGCUGGAGGAGGAGAAGGAGGAAGAAGAAGAAGCCGAAGAGACUUUGACAGAGUCAAAAAUUAUAGCCCAAGACUCGGAUGUGAGAUUUGACCCUGCAGAGGAAUGCACAUCUGCAACUGAACCAACAGACUUGUCAAUCCAAGAAUGCCCAGUUCAUAACAUUGCCAAGUUCAUUGUCUAUGAAACAUGCCUCAUGGAGCUCUUCAGUGACUGCCCAGUGUGUCAAAGGAGAUGUGAUGUAAAGUCACAAAGGCUUGGGACAUUUCUGAGCGUACAGCAAGUCUGCCCACACUGCGAGUUUGUAAGAAAAUGGAACAGUCAGCCAAUUAUUGGUAGUACUCCAGCUAGCAACCUGCAUCUUUCUGCUGCAGUCUACUUGAGUGGUGCAUAAUUUUUUGUAGUUGAAAAGGUAUUUGCUGCCAUGAAACUACACAUUUUUAAAUAUGAUUCAUUUAGUUGUCAUGCAAGACUUUGCAUUGAACCUGCUAUUGUCCACAAGUGGAGAAAUUGGCAGAGUGAAAUGCUAGAACAGCUCAGUCGAAGAGAGAAUGUGAUUGUUGGAGGAGAUAAGAGGGCUGACUCCCCAGGUCACUCGGCCAAGUAUGGGAGUUAUACAAUGAUGGACCUUGCAACUAACACAGUGGUCGACCUAAAGUUAGUCCAGAGUAAUGAGGUGGGCGGCAGUUACCAUAUGGAAAAAGAAGGCCUAAAGAGAAGCCUAGACCUGUUGGAUGCCCGCGGUGUUCGUCUGGAAUGCAUCAUCACAGACCGACAUCCUCAAAUACAGAAAUAUCUCAGGGAUCGAAAUGUCACUCAGUUUUACGAUGUGUGGCAUAUCGAGAAAGGAAUUUCCAAAAAACUGGAC